GUGUGAAGAGGGAAGUUCUGACAGAUGCUUCUUAUGGAACGUGGAGGUUCUGAGCACUGACGGCACUGACGACUGACCUGGUCCAUCUAAGAAGAGUGACAUGGAUUCCUGGCAUGGCUUUCUACUGCUGGCGUGCUCGCUGACGUGCCUGGCUGCAGACAAUGUCACCACAGUGUCUCCCACCAUAGCGCCUUUGAAUAUUACAUCCGGACCAACGCUACACAUCCUCAAUGUCCAGCCCAGCACAGACAGCAAUGCCGGAGCAGGCCCUAAGCCGACACAAGCGGUCACCACCACUCCGGCGGUGAUCUUGGCGCCUACAAUCAAUGCUACUUCCCCCAUCUCCACGUACAUCCCUGCAAGCAAUGACUCGGACUUCAGCAAUCACACACAGCUUGACAACUCCACUGCUGCCCCAACCACCGGUAAUGUCAGCAAAGCCAGCACCCCGGUGCCACCCAUCACUGAUGCCAAAACAACCAACGGGGACAUUCCGGAAGAGGUGACAACUCUGGAAUACUCGACUGAGGAAAGCAUCACAUCAUCAGACCCAGCGCCAGAAGGCUCCCAAGAUGAAACGCCCAUUAUCGCAGUCAUGGUGGCGCUCUCCUCACUGCUCAUCAUUGUCUUCAUCAUCAUCGUCCUCUACAUGCUGAGGUUUAAGAAGUACAAACAAGCAGGCAGUCACUCCAACUCUUUCCGGUUGUCCAAUGGCAGAACAGAUGACAUGGAGCCCCAAAGUAUGCCACUCCUAGCAAGAUCUCCCAGCACCAACCGCAAGUACCCGCCGCUGCCUGUCGAGAAGCUGGAAGAAGAGAUUAACCGAAGAAUGGCAGAUGAUAACAAACUGUUCCGGGAAGAGUUUAAUGCUCUACCAGCCUGCCCUAUCCAAGCUACAUGUGAAGCUGCCUCAAAGGAAGAGAAUAAAGAAAAGAACAGAUAUGUCAACAUACUGCCCUAUGACCAUUCCAGAGUUCACCUGUCACCCAUAGAGGGAGUGCCGGACUCGGACUACAUUAAUGCCUCUUUUAUCAAUGGUUAUCAAGAGAAGAACAAGUUUAUAGCGGCACAAGGGCCCAAAGAGGAAACUGUGAAUGAUUUCUGGAGGAUGAUCUGGGAACAGAAUACAGCGACUAUCGUCAUGGUCACCAACCUGAAAGAGAGGAAAGAAUGUAAAUGUGCUCAGUAUUGGCCCGACCAGGGUUGCUGGACGUAUGGAAAUAUCCGUGUAUCGGUGGAAGAUAUGACCGUCUUGGUUGAUUACACCAUACGAAAAUUCUGCAUCCAGCAGGUUGGUGACGUUACAAAUAAGAAGCCACAGCGCCUUGUUACGCAGUUCCAUUUCACCAGUUGGCCUGACUUUGGGGUGCCUUUUACUCCUAUAGGAAUGCUAAAGUUCCUAAAGAAGGUUAAAGCCUGUAACCCACAGUAUGCCGGAGCUAUUGUUGUACAUUGCAGUGCUGGUGUAGGUCGGACGGGAACCUUCAUAGUCAUAGAUGCCAUGUUGGAUAUGAUGAAUUCAGAGAAAAAAGUUGAUGUUUAUGGGUUUGUGAGUCGGAUCCGGGCUCAGCGCUGUCAGAUGGUACAAACAGAUAUGCAGUACGUCUUUAUUUAUCAAGCACUGCUGGAACAUUUUCUGUACGGCGACACAGAGCUAGAAGUCACGUCUCUGGAAACUCACCUACAGAAGCUGUACAACAAAAUCUCCGGGAACAGCAACGGCCUAGAAGAGGAGUUCAAGAAGUUAACAUCUAUUAAAAUUCAGAAUGACAAAAUGAGGACGGGAAAUCUUCCAGCCAACAUGAAGAAAAACCGAGUCCUGCAGAUCAUUCCAUAUGAAUUUAACAGAGUCAUUAUUCCUGUGAAAAGAGGAGAGGAGAAUACAGACUAUGUAAAUGCCUCUUUUAUUGAUGGUUAUCGACAAAAGGACUCCUACAUUGCCAGUCAGGGGCCAUUGCGGCACACGAUGGAAGAUUUCUGGCGGAUGAUCUGGGAGUGGAAGUCGUGUUCAAUUGUCAUGUUAACAGAAUUAGAGGAGAGGGGGCAGGAAAAAUGUGUGCAGUAUUGGCCGUCAGAAGGGACCAUGUCUUUUGGCGAUAUUACCAUGGAGCUGAAGAAGGAAGAAGAGUGUGAGAGCUACACAGUGCGAGACCUUCUGGUCACCAACACCAGGGAAAACAAAGCCCGCCAAAUUAGACAGUUCCACUUUCACGGGUGGCCGGAGGUCGGAAUCCCCACUGAUGGGAAAGGGAUGAUUAAUAUCAUCGCAGCCGUGCAAAAACAGCAACAACAGUCUGGGAACCACCCCAUCACCGUACACUGCAGUGCUGGUGCGGGGAGGACGGGGACGUUCUGCGCUCUCAGUACUGUGCUGGAGAGAGUAAAAGCAGAAGGGAUACUAGACGUCUUUCAAACAGUGAAAAGCUUGAGAUUACAGAGGCCACACAUGGUGCAGACACUGGAGCAGUACGAAUUCUGCUACAGAGUGGUUCAGGAAUAUAUUGACGCAUUCUCGGACUACGCCAACUUCAAAUAAAACCAAGGGCAGGACACGACCGUGGCCUUUAAUAUUUUGUAAUAUUCUAUUUGUUAAUAUAUCUAGACCAGUGUAUAUAUCUUAACUGUUUUAGAGGACUGGUACAAUGUGCUUUAUAUUAGCUGGAAAUUUUAUAUGUAGCAAAGUGAUUAGUGCGAACAGACUUUUUUUUUUUAUUUCUUUUUAUUUGAAUACAAUAGCUGGAUGUUUGGAUUUUUUUUUUUUUUUUUUAUAUCUUCAUCCCCUCAUCCAUUUGCUUAGACCCGUGGCCCGCCCCUAACAUGAAGAGAAAAGCCUUUGUGGAAUGUUCUAUAUAGAAUCAUGGGAAGCACAGCCGUUUAAGGUUUAUUGCCAUUCUGAGCGCUCUGACUGAAUUUAUUCUGUAAAUAAAUAUAUAAAUAGGAAAAAAAAAAAUAUAUCAUAGAUUUUUUUUUUUUUGUAUCAAAAGUAUAUAUAAACAUAUUAGCCUUGACAUGAUUGCUACACAGCUGUAGGCCUUGUUUGCAGCAGAUAGGGCCUUGGGCUGAUGGACGCCUCUGCAGUGUGGAAGGAGGUAAAGAAGCCGUUUUGGAAAUGGCUUUUUGGGGUUUUAUUUUUUACCUAUAUUUUUGCUGUGUGAUACAUAAUACUGAAUAGACAUUCCAAGCUAUUAAAUCUCUCCAGCUAUUCCAAGCUAUGAAAACUCUUAAGCUAUUAAAACAAAAUCAUGGAUUGAACGGCUCUUGGAGCAACUUUGAAUUUAUCUACCCGAUUCCUCAGCAAGUGUUCCUGUUGUCUGCACAUUUAAUAUGUGGGUUGACAUCAUGUUCCUGAAAACAUGACCGGUUUGUUUUUAGGAUAUCAUUGAUUUUAGUACAUUUUUAUCUAGACAUGAAGUGGUGGUUAACUUUGCAAGGCCAUAUUUUAAAAUUAGCGCUGGUAGCCAUAAAAUAUCUGCCUACGCAGAAUUUACAGGCCACCUAGAAAUGCGUGUUUGACCAGAUCAUGGCCAUGGCUUUCUUUGCAGAAUUUCGGGUCACAAUUUUAUUCCUGGCCAGGCUACAAAACGGCUAUCCACAACAUUUCAAAAUGCAUUGGUGUGACGACCGCAACUUGUCUGAGAUGGGGCCUACUUGGCCGUGACGCAGAAGCUGGUCUAGGUCGCAAUGAUCAUGCAAACACUGAUGUUAGGCUGCUUUCUAAAGUACACUCGUCCAGCUUCCGAAAAGAAGAAAAAAAAGUCCACCUUAUAAGUAAUCUUUGUUCUGAAAAGCAAUCGAUCAGCUCUUACGGUGGCUCUCACGGAUUGUAUAGGCCUCCAUGGACAUGGUCUUACCAACAUAACGGCUACCCCAUGACUCUAAGAUUUUACAGAAUGUAUAGGUCACGUUCUAAUGAGCAUUUGCCAACCCAGAAAAGGGCUGCCCUUGCAGAAUUUAUAGUUCCCAUUGCAGCGGAUGUUGGUCUUUCAAACAAAAUGAUUGCUUAAUUCCUUGGAGAUGUCAAAGUUUGUAGACCUCAUUCUAGUUAGGCCAUCAAAAACCUUUUUCUCUACUGUGUAGACAACACAUUUUAUUGGGAACCACAUCUAAUAUUGUAGUGUCUGGAAUUCUGUUGGCUAAGCCUGGAAGCUGCAAUCAUGUACCUGGAUUGAGGAGUUGAAGAUCUUUUGUCAAGAAAGAACGGCAUUUGCAUGCAUGUUGAGUGUAAGUGGAACUACAGGUGAAAUUUUAUAUUUCAUGUUUUUAAUGAGGACAUGAAGAAUUGGAGGCUCUGACAUGUUUUUUAUUGCUUUGCAAUUGUUGAGAUGUUUUCUCAAUUCUUGUAUGAUCAUGGAACAAAACGUGACAGGAAAUCUCUCCAAGGACAAAACGGCGUAUAUCGAAAAUGAACUGAAAAUGUAUUUUUUUUUUAAAAGGAGAGGACCUUCCAAUUUUUUUUUUUAUUUGCCAUUUUUAUACUUUUAUAUAUCUUCUUACUUUCUGUACCAGUGACAGCAUUGUUGACUGCACAGGAAAUGAGAGCAAAAAAAGGAGGUGCAAAAGUUAUUUUAUUUAGAUGUGGUGACCAAUUCCAUUUUAAAUUGGUCUGUUUUAGUUCUUAAAGUGUUUGUCUGGGCUAAAUCCACAAUAAACAUAUUUAAUAUACCUCUGUACAUUUCUCAAUGUUUUAUCUCUUUAUAAAUGCUACAAGCACAGAAAAAAACAUGUGCUUUUACCAGAAAUCCAGUGAGCUCCUAACCUGCUAUAAUGAGCUGGCAACAGAAAUCCCAAGCAGUGUUAUCAGCAAAUCCUGAGGUCUCCUCUGCUGAACUACAGAACACGCCACCCCUCAUAUAUCCUUAAAUAUGUGCUCCAGGCUCCCCCC